UUGCUAGCAGGGUGGGUGUCCUUGUGCUCGCGCGCCCGCGCCUAGCGUGUGGGCGGGGGCGCGCUCGUGCGCGCGCAGGAGAGGCCCGCCCAGGCGGCCGUUGUGGGGUUCCCCGGGAGGGGCGGGGGAGUCACCUGCGAGCUUCGGCGCCUGCCGGCUGCUCGCCCGCCAGCCCGCCCGCCGCGUCUGGGUCGUUUCGGCUGCGCGGGGCCGCGGGCCGCGCACACCGGGAAGGCCGGGGCUGGGAACGAGCCAAGAGUCUGCGCCCCGAGUCGGCAACGAGGAAGAGUCGGAUGUUCGGCGCCGCCACUGCUGCCCGCGCCAAGCCCGGGUAGGUCAUGACAGCACCGGGAGGUGAAUAGUAUUAAAUUACUUAUUCGGAAAGCACAUGCAAUCGCCUCAAAAAAGAAAAGUGUGCUGACUAAGGCAUCAAAAGCUAUUAGCAAAAAAUGGUGGAUCGUUUGGCAAACAGUGAAGCAAAUACUAGACGUAUAAGUAUAGUGGAAAACUGUUUUGGAGCAGCUGGUCAGCCCUUAACUAUACCUGGACGGGUUCUUAUUGGAGAAGGAGUAUUGACUAAGUUGUGCAGAAAGAAACCUAAAGCAAGGCAGUUUUUCUUAUUUAAUGAUAUUCUCGUAUAUGGCAAUAUAGUCAUCCAGAAGAAAAAAUACAACAAACAACACAUUAUUCCCCUGGAAAAUGUUACUAUUGAUUCCAUCAAAGAUGAAGGAGAAUUAAGGAAUGGAUGGCUUAUUAAGACACCAACUAAGUCAUUUGCAGUUUAUGCUGCCACUGCCACUGAGAAGUCGGAAUGGAUGAAUCACAUAAACAAAUGUGUUACUGACUUACUCUCCAAAAGUGGGAAGACACCUAAUAACGAACAUGCUGCUGUCUGGGUUCCUGACUCUGAGGCCACUGUAUGUAUGCGCUGUCAGAAAGCAAAAUUCACACCUGUUAACCGUCGUCACCAUUGCCGAAAAUGUGGUUUUGUUGUUUGUGGGCCCUGCUCUGAAAAGAGAUUUCUUCUUCCUAGCCAGUCCUCUAAGCCUGUUCGGAUUUGUGACUUCUGCUAUGACCUGCUUUCCACUGGGGACAUGGACACGUGCCAGCCUACCAGAUCAGACUCUUACAGUCAGUCAUUGAAGCCUCCUUUAAAUGACGGAUCUGAUGAUGAUGAUGAUGAUGAUAGCAGUGACUAAGACACAUUCUGAAAUAUUUAAUCUGGUGUGACUCUGAGAAAUCAGCUUUAGGCAAUAUGUAAAGCUCUGCCAGUUUUGCUCUAGCUGUGAAUUUGCCUGAGAAACUUCUAACCUAUGUGCCUCAUAUAUACUAUAGAAAGUAGCUUUCCCUGCCCACUGUUCCUCUCUGCACUCUUUUACUGGGAUACAACAGAUAAAAUUUUUAUUUCUUGUUUAUUUCUAGAUUUUUUUUUCUUUUUGGAAUGAUGGGGAAAUUUAUUUAACUGGUCACCUUAUAUAUUAGUUGUUUUUUUCCUAUGUUAUAUGGAAAACUAAAAGCACAGAAUGAUGGAAACGAGUAUAAUGUGAUUAAUAAUAUUAGCUUUUUUUUUUUCCUAACCAUCCUAUGUAAUGGUUAAGACACCAGUAGCAGAGCAUAAUUUGGAAAUAACUUCUUUUUUCAUAUACCAAGUGGUGCCUUAUUCUGCUAGCACUGUUACAUGAGACAUAAGCCCCUACCUUCUGGUUUAUUUACUAAAUACACUGGUGCUCUUCAGUGUGAUAAAAUGAAUGUUUAUGAAUAGACGUAAUUAGGAAAACUUUUCUGACAGCUACAAAUAACCAAAUUUAGAGGUAUCCUCAUACAAAUAAAUAUUUUUUGUAAAGUAGUUGUGUUUGUAUUUUUACAUCACAACUAUUUUAUAGGCACCAAAUUAUAAUUGUCAGAUAUGUUAAAUGCAAAAAAAAUUUAGAAAUUUGGUUAUAAAUUUGUCAAUAGUAUAGAAAUACAAUACAUUAGCCUUUACUUUUUCUUAAUUCAUUUUGAGAAGUUCAUCUGCUUUAAUAUUUCUAGAAUGAGAAACCUGGUAAAACCCUUGAAAAUCAACAAGGUCUUUAAGAAAAUAUUAGAGCACAGAUCUGCUUAAGCUUGACAAUUUGGAAAAAAUGAUAAUGUAAGAUUGGUCAUAGCAGCCACUAAGUUUGACUAGACAUCAUAUCUAUGGAAGUAUUGUCUUUUUUCAGUGUGAAACUAUCUUGAAUUUACAAAUGGUAUUAUAUUUUAUAAAGUUUUAUAAAGCCCCAAUUUAUAUUUUUGUAAAGUAAUUGUAUAUUUAAUCUGUUUCUGAAAUCAUUUUGCAAUAUAUGGAAAUAGAGUAGCAAUUGAUAUUUCUAAAUUGUGAACUUUAAGUCAGUCUAGAUUGCUUUUGAGAAGUGAUAAUUUCUCACUGCUUUUUAGGCAGCCAUUAGACUGAAAGUAUAUUUAUCAUAAAAACUUGAUGCAUUUUGCACUACUCUUUCCAUUUGUAUGCUGCAAAUAACUACAACCUUUUAAAUGUUUAAAUGGUUGAAAAGCUUAAGUUCUAUUUUUUUUUAAUCUUUAAAUUUGGACAUACUGCAGAUGUACUAAGAGACUUGACUUACUAACUUGUGAUGGAGGAUUCUUUCUUAUCUUACCACUUAGGUCAGGCACCACUUUUACUGACUAUAAAUUUUGAGGGCAUCUGAAGUGUAUCUCUUUGUAGGAAAUGUGAAAGUAAAGCACAACAGAACUAAGGUUUGGGGCUUUUUAAUUUGUUACUGGUUUUAAUAUCAGAUGGACUUUUUUGUUUCAACAAACUAUGUAUCUUUAAUCAACCAACACAGGGAUGGACAAUGUCUGGAGCUUAGCUGUAUAAGGCUCAAGAAAUCAUUGGGUACAUGAUAGGAUGGACACAUAGAUACUUCUUGUAUUCUUGUUGUAGGCUCCUGUAGCCUUCUGCUUAGGUGGACAGUUUUGUAAGACUCUUGAAUGAUGUUAUAAUAUCCAAAUGGCCCUUGGCGGAAAAAGGUUCUCCAUCCCUGUAAGGACCAUAAAUCUGAAGAAAGACUAAUGGGAACUGGCUGGUACAUAGGGAGCCAGCUAGAUCAGGAACUGAGGAGAAAUGUUCUGAGAUAAAAUUUGUAUUGUUGGCCUCUAUUGAUUCUGUUUUUACAAUAAACAUAUUUUACAACUU